CAUAUUUAGGCAUCCUGGUGAUGAAAGGUCAGGAGGAAUUUAUUUAACACUUGAAGGGUAAAAUGAAAUUAAGCAUAUGUGGCUGAAGAGGUGAUCUGCAUGACAAAUGCAUGUGAUCAGAAAUAGUUUUGUUAACAAGAACCGGAUGUGGGGGAAUGGAAGGGUUCACUCAGAAAACAACCAGUGCCUGGAGUGUAAAGCAGGCAGAGAUGGUGUCCCUGCCCCAUCCCUCUGUGCUCCACGCUGCUGUGAGUGCUCCUUGUCUCUGCAGGAAGAGAAAGGACCAGUUUGACAACUUAGAAAAACAUACUCAGUGGGGUAUUGAUGUUCUGGAAAAAUACAUCAAGUUUGUAAAAGAAAGAACAGAGAUUGAACUCAGCUAUGCAAAGCAGCUUAGGAAUCUUUCCAAGAAAUACCAACCCAAGAAGAACUCCAAAGAGGAGGAAGAAUACAGGUACACAUCAACUAGAGCCUUCCUAGCCACUUUAAAUGAAAUGAAUGACUAUGCUGGACAGCACGAGGUCAUUUCAGAGAACAUGACCUCUCUGAUCACUGCAGAGUUAACACGCUACGUGCAGGAGCUGAAACAGGAGAGGAAAUCGCACUUCCAUGAUGGCAGAAAGGCACAACAACACAUUGAAACUUGCUGGAAACAACUUGAAGCAAGUAAAAGGCGAUUUGAACGUGAUUGCAAAGAAGCUGAUCGAGCACAGCAGUAUUUUGAGAAAAUGGAUGCUGACAUCAACGUGACAAAAGCAGAUGUUGAAAAGGCAAGACAGCAAGCCCAGCUGAGGCAUCAGAUGGCAGAAGACAGCAAAGCUGAAUAUUCUUCCACCCUACAGAAGUUCAACAGUGAGCAGCAUGAGCAUUACUACACACACAUACCAAACAUCUUCCAGAAAAUACAAGAGAUGGAGGAAAGAAGAAUCGUGAGGAUAGGUGAAUCCAUGAAAACCUUUGCAGAAGUCGACCGCCAGGUGAUCCCCAUCAUUGGGAAGUGUCUGGAUGAGAUAACAAAGGCUGCAGAAUCCGUGGAUCACAAGAAUGACUCCCAGAUGGUAAUAGAAGCCUUUAAAUCAGGGUUUGAGCCUCCAGGAGACAUCGACUUUGAGGAUUUCACACAGCCCAUGAAGAGGACAGUGUCCGAAUCCAGCCUUUCCAACUCCAGAGGGGAUGGGAAGUCAGAGCCCAAGUUUGGUAGCAAAUCCAAGGGCAAGUUAUGGCCAUUCAUCAAGAAAAAUAAGCUUUCUCUCAAGCUGGGAGCAGGCCCAGAAGACUUCAGCAAUCUCCCACCUGAGCAAAGAAGAAAGAAGCUUCAGCAAAAGGUCGAUGAACUAAACAGGGACAUUCAGAAAGAGAUGGAUUCAAGAGAUGCCUUAACAAAGAUGAAAGAUGUGUACAUCAAGAACCCCCAGAUGGGAGACGCAGCGAGCGUGGACCACAGAUUGGCAGAGCUUGGGCAGAACAUUGAAAAGCUGCGGUUAGAAGUUCAGAAAUUCGAGGGCUGGCUGGCAGAGGUGGAGGGGCGGCUGCCGGCACGGACGGAGCAGCCACGGCGCCAGAGCGGAGUGUACGAGACACAGAACCCGUCAGGAGUGAACAGCUGUGCCCAGGACAGAGAGAGCAGCCCCGAUGGCAGUUACACAGAAGAGCAAAGCCAGGAGACUGAGAUGAAAGUACCUGCAACAGACUUUGAUGAUGAGUUUGAUGAUGAAGAACCACUACCCACCAUAGGAACAUGUAAAGCUCUCUAUACAUUUGAAGGUCAGAAUGAAGGAACAAUCUCUGUAGCAGAAGGAGAGAUGCUCUAUGUAAUAGAAGAAGACAAAGGUGAUGGGUGGACACGAAUCCGAAGGAAUGAAGAUGAGGAGGGCUAUGUCCCCACGUCCUAUGUUGAAGUCUAUUUGGACAAAAAUGCCAAAGAUGUGCACAAACCACUUCAGAAAAUCUCUGAGUAGGUUUGCAUAGGCCUGUCCACCCUUUAUUCUCCUGGUUUGCUGCUACGGUUGUUUUAAGAGCUCUAUUUGAGAAGGUUUUCUUUAGAAGAGAUGAAUGUCCCAUCUCCAUCACUGAAAGACUUUGUUAGGUACCAGGUCGGCUCUGAAAUGUCACUGCCCACGAAGGUGCUGCCCUGCCUGUGUCCCUUUAGUGCAAACAGCACUGUUGUCCUGAAUAGAAAUGAGAGCUGCAGGCUGUGCUCCCGCUGGGAUUCCUGCAGGAAGCUGUUCUGUGCACACCUGGGUGUAGCACCUUGCAGGGCUUUUCUGUACCUGUGGGGUGGCUGGUGCUGAGAACUCAAACACAGGAACUGGUUGGGCCUUUCAGCUCGAGACUGACCACCCUGUGUUACUGAGCCUGGUACCUCCUCAUCUGCUUGGGAACAAAAACUUUCACUGAGGGAUGUUGUGAAAUCGUGUGACACAAAAAAACCUGCAUGGAGUAACCAGCUCUGUACAAACCCUGCAUUGCACCCAACAGAAAUCCCACGUUCCCUUCCAGCAGAAAGCCUGGAUGUUUGUUUGGGUGACAUGCAGGAACAGAGGCUGGUUUGGAAGGUUAAACUUCUUGACAAAAACUAUUUUGGAGCCUGGGCUGAUGAGCAUUUUGGCUCCUUUGCCGCUGUGGGUCUGUUCCCCCUCACCUCUGAUGAUAUCAGUAGUUCCUUCUGGACAGCUCUGGCAUUCCCAGGGCUGCAGCUCUGCUGUUUGCUGUAACCACCAUGCAGAGCCUUGACUUAUAUAAAUAAAUAGGUAAAAGUUAACCAUGCUGAUGCACUUUUUAUCUAGGAUAUAUCUGAUUAUUUAAUGCUUGCCAAAUUAUUUAGGAAUUGGUAAUUAUAAACUGGACUGUGGCUUUUUAAAAUCCUUUUGUUAAAUACGAGCCCUUAGUUCUCCCAGUAUAAAAAAAAAAUUGUAUAUAACAUAACUUAAAGACUAAAGUUACUUGAAUUGUUUAUAUCCUUUUAUAUGUGUAUAAAUAUAAAUGGUUUUAUAGGCUGUUCUGCUUAACCCAGCUGUUUUGGUAACUACUCAGUCCCUCUGAUGUUGAUAAGUGUUUUUGGUUACUCAGCUGCCUGCACCUGGACUUGCAUAGGAACUGCUGUUGUGUGUUAAGGUUUGUUCAAUCUGGCCAGUGUGGUUGUCUUGUUUCUAUUCUUAUUUUUUAAAGAAUCAUCAUCUGUCAGGAAUCUCUUUAUAGCUUGAUGUACCAUGGUGUCUUCUUCUAAUAAACAUUAUAUUUUCUCAUUCCUGUGA